CUCACCACACAGACCCCCGUACUGUCAGCGGCAUUGCAUGCGUGAGCAAGUCUCCCAAAGGCAUGCAAGAAAUUCAAAGAAUGACGCCUAACUGUCUCUUCCUCCUGUGGUUCUCAUUUCAUGGGCUCAGCAGCACUACAAGCCUCCUUUACACCCUUAAAUAUUAACACAGCUAUUCUCUUGAUGUGGGAUUCCUCAUUAUCAUAUGAAUAAAUGAUUAAUUGUCACUGUACCCACCAAGUGCAACUUUUAUAACUAUAUGAAUCAGCACUUUGCCAAACCCUUCAAGAGUAGUAAGAGUUUUCAGGCAUUUAUUGCACUUUAUUGCUUCCUGGAUCAUUUAAAAGAAGUCACUGACCAACAGCCAUUUACACAGGCUUGAAAGUUUACCACGGAUGUACUGAGCAGUUCUGUGUUUCAAAAUGCAGACAAACUUUCUUUCCCAGCAAUUUAAUGCUGGCUAUUUGGCAGAAAACUCCACGGCUUGUCCAGCAAAUGCUACUAUUUGUGAUGGCACAUCUUGCAUAUUACCAGAAGAUAAUUUUAAUCAAACUUUGAGCGUAGUUUUAAGUACUGUUCUAACAAUCAUGCUGGCCUUGGUGAUGUUCUCCAUGGGCUGCAAUGUGGAAAUUAAGAAUUUCUUGGGCCACAUAAAAAGACCCUGGGGUAUAUUUGUGGGUUUCCUUUGCCAGUUUGGAAUUAUGCCUCUCACAGCCUUCUUGCUCUCUUUGGCCUUUAACAUCCUUCCUAUUCAAGCUGUCGUGGUGCUGAUCAUGGGAUGCUGUCCAGGGGGCACAGCCUCGAAUGUCAUCACCUACUGGGUGGAUGGAGACAUGGACCUAAGCAUCAGCAUGACAACUUGUUCCACGCUGCUUGCAAUGGGAAUGAUGCCACUUUGCCUCUUUAUUUACACCAAGAUGUGGACUGAUUCUGAUGCAAUUGUACUCCCCUAUGACAGCAUUGGAAUUUCUCUGGUAGCUCUUGUAAUUCCUGUUUCGUUUGGAAUAUUUGUUAACCACAAAUGGCCUAGUAAGGCAAAAGUGAUACUUAAGGUUGGUUCCAUUGUGGGAGCAGUGCUCAUCGUGCUCAUUGCUGUGGUUGGGGGAAUACUCUACAAAGGCUCCUGGAUUAUCUCACCCAAAUUAUGGAUCAUUGGCACCAUAUUUCCAGCAGCUGGCUAUACUUUAGGAUUCUUUCUGGCUCGUGUAGCUGGCCUGUCUUGGCACAGGUGUCGUACAGUGUCUCUGGAAACAGGCAUGCAAAACAGUCAGCUGUGUUCAACUAUAGUACAGCUCUCAUUCACUCCUGAACAACUUGAACUGAUGUUUACUUUCCCACUCAUCUACAGCAUUUUCCAGCUGUUAUUUGCGCUACUAAUUUUAGGAGGCUACCGUCUUUACAGAAGGCACCGAGGCAAAACAAAGACAGAUGUCGAGAAAACAGAGCAAAAAGAGGAUUCAAAAUCAAGUGCCAAAAUAAAUGGAGGAUUUGUAUCAGAUGAGAUGAGAGAGAAAACUACCUCUGCUCCCACCAGCUGUAAAGAUAAAGAAUAUAUAUAGUUUACUUAAACCUUUUUUUUCACAUUAUUUUUGCUCAUGGAAAUAGUUAACAAAAGAAGUUCUGCUGAUAUUGUACAGUGAGACUGUAAAAUGAUUAACUUAAGAAAGAUCUACUUUGAUUUUUAACAUGUUUUUUGCCACAAUGGUAAAAUCUGGUUUUGAGGUUAAUUCCCUAAAAAUAUGUCAUGUUUUAUUAUGGAUUAUUUAAAAAAAAGCAGAAUAAAGGUAGGCUGUUGCUAAAAAGAAGCUGAUAUCUGCAAUACCAACUCCAGUCCAUGGUCCUGCAAAUCCAUCUGCUAGUCUCAGUUCCACACCAAAGAGAUAUCUUGUGAAAGUGCCUGAGCAGGAACAGGAGUAGAUGUGAAAGAUCUGGAAAGGCUGAAUAUGAAUCAAGCAUGAAAUUGGACCAAGCCAAUAAUGAAAGUUUCAUUUAGUCUGGAUAGACUAAAACACUGUAUUAAUUUAUUGAAGCAUUAAUUUAUUCUGAAGCUAUAAUUUUAGCAAGUGCAAGGCACCUUAUGACUCCAUUUUUUUGCCCAAAGUAAUAGAAAGUAAUAGAAUGUAACAGUCUUGCAUCUUCAGUCUGGGUCUUUUAGGUGCUGGAAACAUGAAGAGAGAGACAAAGGUGAGGGCGUAAGCCUUGAGCAAUUUUAGUGACAGCAGUGACACUUCAUACAAAGGAGCAAGCAGAGGUUCUGGAAGUGUAAGAAAUUAUCAGCUCCUGCACUGACAGGAAGGCAUUUGAAAAUGGAACACAAAAUGUCCCUGAUUCAUCCAGGACUAGUUCCACCAAUCUUAACAUGAGACAGCAGUGCUUGGAGAGAGUUAUAUAUUUUUGUUAUUUUAUGAACUAAAUAAAUUUGAACAGAUGAACAUAGACAGAUGUCUAUGACACGUAGACAUUGGUGUAGCUGACAAUUUUAAGAUUUUAUUUAUAUCAACCCUGAAUAGAAAUAACUGGACGUACACAUACCUUACACAUUAUUUGUUUCUGAAAAUUCAAGAGUACCUAUGGAAAUCUCUCCUAACUGAGUGGAGAAAAUGAGUAUAAUUCUAGGAGAAACAGUGCAGUAAACUCCUUGCAGCUGUAAUUUUUUAAGGAAACAUUCAGUAACAUUAGUCCUGUAGCUGUUAUGUAAAGAAAAUUUCCAGAGAACUUCAGAUAAAUGAGUGAGAGGUUGGCUGACCAAAAAACUCAAGUAUGAACUGGCUAUGAAUAUGGAAACAGUACACCCUUUUGUCAUAUUCAAGUGGACCUUCCAAGGUACAGUGAGUUAAUGUGGCAGGUUUUUUACAAACACAACUGAAAUUGUGGAAUUUAAGUUCCCAACGUGCAGCUUUCCACUGCUGCAGAAACAUGCCCAGUACUAAACAAAGAAUAAAUUAUUGCUGUCUACCAUAUGUGGGGGAAAGGGUCUCAAAAUGUUCCUGAGUUCUGGGAAGCUUGAGGAUGCUUUAUUUGGCAGGGAGAUCAGAAUGGUCAUAAGUUCCAAGGAGGAGUUCAACACUGAGUGGGAGUUAGUACACAAUGAGGUGUUCUGUGUUUUAUAGAGCAAAUAUUAAACAAAACAAUGUGAUGAAGACUGUUAUGGAGAAAUCAUAAAUUGUGAAAUAACAGGUUCAUCAAGAAAAGGAUAAGCUGUUAUUUGCAACAUCUGUACUAAAAUGAUUGUCUUGCUCCUCCACCGGUCAAAAAAUGGACAGUGGAAGUUAGUUAGGAUCAUGUCUUUCUCACGCACAAAGCUGCUACUCUUCCCCCAUGCUGAACUUUGAUGUUUCUGUGAAUAUUUCAAGCAGAUCUUGAAAAUGUAUUGAAGAAUAAUCGUUUGUCUUGCUUAUACUCUGUGUGCAUGUGUGUGUGUGUGUGUGUGUGUGUGUGUGUAUUUAACACAACUGUAUAAACACUGAACUAAAUAAAGUCAGAAACUAUUUAUAA